AUGGCAAAAGACAAGAAGAAGAAAUCGGGUGACAAGGUCGCCGCGAAAGCAGCAAAAGCAGCAAAGCAAGAGAAGAAAGCCGGCAAGAAAGACAAGAAGCAAACAACCAAGAACAAGGAUGUAGACUCAGAUGCCGAAUCGGUAGAUCUCGAUGAAGUCCUUGCACAGUAUGCAAAAGAGCAGGAACAGUAUCUCGCCAUCACUGAAGUGCCGUGCGACCCACCAUCAGCGAGAACUUCAAGUUUGAUAAUAGGCAACCCGGCAAACGAGAAUGAGCUUUUUCUGUACGGCGGCGAAUACUACAACGGUGCCACAGUCAACUUCUACAGCGAUCUAUUCGUGUAUAAUAUCAAGAAAGAUCUUUGGAACAAGGUCACCUCGCCGAAUUCGCCUCUUCCGCGUUCUGGACAUGCCUGGUGCAGAGCCGCGAACACGAAAGACAUAUAUUUGUUCGGUGGCGAAUUCAGCUCUCCAAAACAGGGAACGUUUUACCAUUACAACGAUUUCUGGAGAUUGGACCCGCAAAGCCGCGAGUGGACGCGUAUCGAGAUUAAGGGCAAGGCUCAGAAUCCGCCAGCUAGGAGCGGGCAUCGUAUGGUGGGAUUCAAACAGUACAUCAUCCUGUUUGGUGGUUUCCAGGACACGUCUGCUACCACAAAGUAUCUCAAUGAUAUUUGGAUAUACGAUUGUAUUAACUUUGCCUGGCACACACCGAAGCUGCAGUCGGCACGCGCUGUUCCCGAUGCGCGUUCGAGCUUUACGUUGCUUCCACACGAUCAGGGAGCUGUGCUUUACGGAGGUUACUCUCGCGUUAGGACAGAGGCUAAAAGCAAGCAACAGCAACAAGUCAAAGGCAAGAAGCAACAAAGUGUUGGCGGAGGUGCGCGCAUGGUCUUGAAGCCCAAAGUGCAUGAAGACACUUGGUUCAUACGCAUUAUCCCUCCCCCAGCGGAUCAGCCCUCGACCACGCUACCAACCAUAUCCUGGGAACGCCGCAAACGCCCCGCGAAUACACCAAACCCGUCUCGUGCAGGCGCGACAAUGGCCUUCCACAAAGGCCGUGGCAUCAUGUUUGGUGGUGUUCACGAUGUCGAGGAGAGCGAGGAAGGCAUUGACUCUGAGUUUUUCAACCAACUCUUCGUAUGGAACAUCGACCGCAAUCGUUACAUGCCUCUCAACCUGCGUCGUCCGAAAGCAAAUGCGAACAAGAAAGCCGCACAACAAGCCAACGUCAGCCGUCGCGACCGUGCGCGAGCUGAUGAAGAAGAGCUCCUCGCCAAUCUCAAAGCUCUUGAAAUGAAGGCGGGAGGCGUCGCAGCACCGACAUCCGACGAUGAAGAAGAGCCAAAAGAGAAGGAGCAGGAGGAAGAAGAAGAAGAUACGCGCCCUGAGAAGCCGCGCCUCUACGAGUUCCCACAUCCCCGUUUCAACGCUGCUCUAACCGUGCAGGGCGAUACGCUCUACAUCUACGGCGGCACUUUUGAGAAAGGCGACCGCGAAUUCACAUUCGACGAGCUCUGGUCACUCAAUCUGAACCAUCUAGACGGCGUGGUCGAGAUCUUCAAGCGUGAGCUAGAAGACUGGCAGGGCAGCGAAGACGAAGCCGACUCGGAGGAAGACGAAGACGAAGACGACGACUACGACGAGGAAUAUGAGGAUGAAGAAGACAAAUCUGCCUCCGCCUCCACAGCUCCAACCAGCGUCACCGAUUCGCCCGUCGCUGUUCCCACCAAGGACACGCCCGAAGAAGACAUCGGCACCACGGAGGAGAUCUCCGCGCUCACGGACACGUUGCCUCACCCGCGACCUUUUGAAUCUCGCCGCGCGUUCUAUGAGCGCACUUCUGAGGCCUGGCAGAAUGUCAUUCUGGACGAGAUGAGCUAUGGAGCCGCGGGCCAGACGAAGUCACCCAAGGAGAUAAAGAAGGCGGCAUUUGAUCGCGCGGAAGAGAAAUGGUGGGAUUGCAGGGAGGAGAUUCGCACCUUGGAGGAUGAGCAGGAGGCUGCGGGUAUCGGUGAGGUUGUCAGUCUGGCUGACAAAGAAGGUGGUGCAGGUGGUGGUGGUGUCGGGAGGAGGCGAUAG